AUCUGUACAAAACAGCUCGUUUUGUAUUUCAAACAGUUUUACCUUUUACUGCACUUACUGUUAUUUUUCUUGUUAUCUCCCUAGAGCGGCUAAUGAACCGGAAGUCUCGCACAUGCACAGACAUAGCUUACUUCUGUUUUGAAAAAUAAGGUGGAUAAAAGUACUGCUUAAAAAUCUUCCCUCCAGUCUAAAAAGCAGUGUGAACCAUGGCAAAAGUUGUUCACAUCUCUCUCUAUCACAUAUAAUUUGCUGACAUUGUUUUUGUAGCACAGCCAAAUCAAACAAAUCUGUCUUUUUAUCAUGACUCUUGGACUCUUGCUCUGUCAGAGGAAGGCAUUGCAAGUAUAGCCACGGAAAAAAAACCUACAGAAAAUCUCUUAAUAAUUUUAGUUAAAAAGCUAUUGAAAUCUGCAUGUCUGCCAUGGCUGGAAAAGUUCUAACACUUUGCCUGCUCUGGGCAUGUAUGAAUGUGUGCGAGUGUGAGCCGACCAUGUUUGGGGAGGUGUCUUCUCCACAGUACCCUCAACCAUAUCCAGGAGAUAUCCUGGAGCAAUGGGACCUGGAUGUGCCCGAGGGGUAUCAGAUACAGCUGACGUUCAGUCACCUGGAUAUUGAGCCCUCUCCAAACUGUGGACAUGAUUCUCUCAUUCUUGUGUCUGAUAAGAAGGUUCUGUGGAAGUUUUGUGGUCUGAAAUCCACAGACAGGUUUCACCCAGGAGACAAGCCCAUCGUGGUGCCUGGUAACCGUCUCCAGCUCUUUUUUCUAACUGAUGAUUCAAACCCAAAAUCACACAUAGGAUUCACUGCAUCCUACCAGGCUAUUGGCUGUGGAGCUCCAAAACCCCUGCUAAAUGGAGGUGUUCGGUUUAUCAAUGGAUCAGUCAUUGAGUAUUACUGCAAUGAGCCAUUCUACAAAUUUGAAGGAACUCCUAAUGUAAGAUACACUUGUACAGAAGACCAGAGAUGGACAGCAGAUGAAAACAAUGACAGUAUUCCUCCUUGUGUUCCUGAGUGUGGAAUGAACACAGAAGUCCUUUUUGGUGGCAGAGUUUUUGGUGGGAAGCCAGCCAGUCUGGGACAAAUUCCCUGGCAGCUACUCCACAGGUCAAGUCCCAGAGGUGGUGCAUCUCUGAUCAGUGAUUAUUGGGCUCUUACAGCAGCUCAAGUAGUGGAUGGAUUUGAAACAACCAGCAUGAACUGGUUAGGUGGAAUAGUUGAGGGUCAGGACAAAAAUCCAGUCACUAUAGAGUCAGAAAAAAUAAUCAUUCAUCCAAAGUAUAAAAGAGUAAGUCUGAAUGAAAAACAAAGAAACUAUGAUAAUGACAUUGCACUCAUCAAAAUGUCUAAAAGGGUGCCCCUAGGUUCAAACAUCAGGCCAGUGUGUCUGCCAGACAAAACAGAUGAACCUGCGACAGAGCUCACAAUCUCAGGUUUUGGCAGAUAUGAAGAAGUAAAAAUGAGGUAUGUUCUGCUUCAUGCAUCUGUCCAGAUAUAUCCACUUAAUGAAUGUGAUUCAUUGGGUUUGCCUGUCACUGAUAACAUGAUCUGUGCUGGAGGAGACCAAGUAGACAGUUGUCAAGGAGAUGCUGGAGGUCCUUUGUUUUCUCCUGUUCUGGGCUAUGGGUCUCCAGACAAGCCCUAUCGUCUUAUAGGCAUUGUAUCAUGGGGUCCUUCUGGAUGUGGCCAUGAAAGCUUUAAGGGCUACUAUACUAAAGUCCAAAACUACCUAGAUUGGAUCAAGGAAACCAUGGAAAAAAACUAACAAAUGUGCACAAAAAUUAUAUUUACCAACACCAGUUGUAAAGUUCUCUUUGCUGUAUGGGGAUCUGCUAUUUCCAUAAAUGAUUCAGCAUUUGUAAAUUAAAGUGUUUAUACUUGCCAAUAAAAGCAUUUUCAUACACAUAAUAAAGAUAUUUUCAUGCAUUUUUA